AUGUCUUCUCACAAGACAUUCAGAAUCAAGAGAUUCCUGGCCAAGGAACAAAAGCAAAAUCAUCUUAUUCCUCAGUGGAUUUGGAUGAAAACUGGUAAUGGAAUCAGGAGCAACUCUAAGAUAAGACAUCAGAGUAGAAUGAAGCCGGGUCUGUAA